CCAUUCUCUUCUAUAAAAAUAUCUCUAAAUUUUACAUGAAUAUUGGAUAAAAUUUAGAAGUGAGUGAUGAAAAACCACACAAUAACAACCUUUAUCCUGCUGGGACUGACAGAUGACCCUCAACUGCAGAUUCCAAUUUUUAUUUUUCUAUUUCUCACUUAUAUAUUGAGUAUAACUGGGAAUUUGACCAUCAUAUCCCUCACUUUAGCUGACUCCCACCUGAAAACGCCCAUGUACUUUUUCCUACAAAAUUUUGCCUUAUUAGAAAUUGCAUUCACAUCUGCUUGCAUUCCUAGAUAUUUGUACAACAUAGCAACAGGUGACAGAUCAAUUGCUUAUAAUAUUUGCGUGAUUCAACUACUAUUCAUUGAUGUCUUUGGAGUGACAGAAUUUUUCCUCCUGACUAUCAUGUCCUAUGAUCGCUAUGUGGCCAUCUGCAAGCCACUGCACUACGUGACCAUCAUGAGCAGCACAGUCUGCAAGAAACUUGUCCUCUGCUGUUGGAUCGCUGGCUUAGUGAUCCUACUGCCACCACUUAUUUUGCUCCUAAACUUGAAAUUCUGUGACUCAAAUGUCAUUGAUUAUUUUUUCUGUGAUGUGUAUCCUAUCCUGAAGAUUUCCUGCUCAGACACAUGGAUCAUAGAGCAACUGGUUAUUGCCUGUGCUGUGCUCGCUUUCAUUCUGACCCUUGUAUGUGUUGUUCUAUCCUACAUAUACAUUGUCAAGACCAUUCUAAGAGUCCCCUCUGCCCAACAAAGAAAAAGGGCCUUUUCCACCUGUUCUUCCCACAUGAUUGUGGUUUCCAUCACCUAUGGCAACUGUAUCUUUGUCUAUGUCAACCCUUCAGCGAAGCAAUCAGUGGCUAUUAAUAAAGUUGUGACAGUGCUAAUGACGUCCAUUGCUCCCAUGCUGAACCCAUUCAUUUACUCUCUGAGAAACAAACAAGUGAGACAAGCCUUCAGCGACUCCUUCAAAAGAAUUGCGUUUGUCACAAAGAAGUAAGAGAAUGGUCAAGUCUGGGAAUAAAAUAUCAAGCU